AUGGUGAACAUUACGGACAAAAUCAAAGAAAUCGAGGAUGAGAUGCGCAGAACGCAAAGUAUGGACGAGUACACGAAACUUGCACGUCUUCGCGCCCAACUACUCGAGCCUGCACCGGGUGCUGGGUCAGGGGCCGGCAGUGGUUUUGAUGUCAGCAAGAGUGGAGACGCUCGAAUUGCCUUGGUCGGAUUUCCUUCUGUGGGCAAGUCCACCUUUUUGUCCAAAAUCACAAAGACAAAGAGUGAGGUAGCUGCGUAUUCUUUCACCACUUUAACGGCCAUCCCUGGCGUCCUUGAGUAUGGCGGCGCAGAGAUACAGGUUUUGGAUUUGCCUGGCAUCAUCGAAGGUGCAAGUGAAGGUAAAGGACGUGGUAGACAGGUAAUCUCAGCAGCAAAGACAAGCGAUUUGAUUUUGAUGAUUCUUGAUGCGACCAAACGCGCAGAGCAGCGAUCACAACUUGAGCAAGAACUUGAGGCUGUGGGGAUUCGCUUGAACCGUGAACCACCCAACAUCUAUCUCAAAGCAAAGAAGGCAGGAGGUAUGAAAAUAACGUUUCAGUCGCCUCCUAAGAACCUCGAUGAGAAAAUGCUUUACAACAUCUUGCGGGAUUACAAGAUGCUCAAUUGCGAGGUGCUCGUGAGGGAUGAGAACGCGACGGUCGACGACUUCAUCGACGUCAUCAUGAAAGAUUACAGAAAAUACAUCAAAUGCCUUUACGUCUACAACAAAAUUGAUUCCGUCUCGAUGGACUUUUUGGACAAGCUGGCUCGGGAGCCGAACACGGCCGUCAUGAGCUGCGAGUUGGAUCUGGGGAUCCAAGAUGUUGUCGAGCGAUGCUGGGAAGAAUUGCGACUGAUUCGAGUCUACACCAAAAGGAAAGGCGACGAGCCGGACUUCAGCGAAGCGCUUAUUGUUCGCAACAAGUCUACAAUUGACGACGUCUGCGACCAAGUUCAUCGCACACUAAAGGAGACAUUCAAGUAUGCCUUAGUAUGGGGGGCAAGUGCAAGACACGUCCCUCAACGGGUUGGACUCGGCCAUCCUGUGGCAGACGAAGAUGUUGUGUCCAUAGUUGCGAAAUAA